AUGCUAUUGAUUAAAAGUUUAUGUGAUGAACUUCUUAGCUCCAACAAAUCGAUAAAGAUAAUUGGCAUCGUUGCACAAGCUGGGGAGAAAGAUAUACUAUCUCAUGAAGAAGGCGACACUUUGGAGAUUGGACUAACAAAGGAGAUGUACCUUCGGAUUUUCAAGGAGUCGCAUGAGUAUUUCAAUAGCCACUAUGAUGAUCGAUUAAACAUUGAAAGUCUAUCGCAUUCCCAAUUGGACAAAAUGUAUUACAUGACAUUGGGAUAUUUAAUCACGACAAAUGAGCAUUCAACUAUUAUUGCCCUUCAUGAAGAACUUGUACAUAGGUUAGGGAACUAUAAAUAUGAUUUGGAGAUAGUUUCAAGCUUUUUAACAUGUCGGAUGAAGCGUAUCAACAAGAGUUCUUCCCUAUGGCAUUGGUUGCGGAAGUUAACUAUAAACCAAAUCCGACACAGUGACAACUUGCGCAAGUUGCUCCAACGUGCACUUGUCAGUUGUCAGUUACAUUUUGCAAACUAUUAUGCAAACAACUAUCUCCAAUGGCUCAUUACAAUGUUCAGAUUGACUAGAGUGGAGUUGGAGGACUUUCAAGACCUGUUGCUUAAACUGUGUCGAGCACAGCUACUGGAUAGCUCCCUCUGGGGCACCCUCAAAGUGUAUUUGAAACCGGAUGAUAACAUGAUUAACUACAUCGUUGGAGAGUACAAAAGAUUCACUGGUUUAGACUUGCCCAAAACUUUUGCUAGGGUCGAUCACGAUAGUACAAUAAUCCAGCUAUUUGAGUGGUUAUUACGUCUGCAGUGUACCUUUACAACACCCUUUCGCGUAUUAACCGAAUCGACCGAUUCGUUAAAGACGUUAAGCAAACUUGAACAAAUGUUGAAUGGCAGUGCAUUGGAGUCAAGCUGCAAGGUUAAAAAGGAGCUUAUCAAACGCAAAGAGCUAUUAGAAACUAUCUAG